CGUCAAACACCUCCUCUGGUUCGCUACAAUAUGGCUCUUGACUUUCGCCGUUUUAAAGACCGCCCGCGACACUGCCCUCACGCCCGAGCCAUGGCGAGAAGCCGCCAACUCGACCUCGUACUGGCUAUAUAUCGCCGACACUCUGACCUCCGUGGACCCCCAUUACCCAAAUAAGGACGGAGAGAAAAACAGUCACGAGGGAAAAAAACGGCACGAAGAGAAAAACACUCACGAAGGAAAAAACAUCCACGAAGCCGCCCGCGACGGCACGUGCGCCUGCGCCUUCAAGCGGAGUGACACGGAUUUCUUCCUGGCGAAGGAGUACGAGAGGAAGAUCGCCAGGCUCAACGCAACGACCCUGGAGCUUCUGGAAUCUUCUCACCCGAACCUCCCGGCGUCGUUCCUGCACCGACGAGGACUCGCGGGCGGCUGCCACCUCCUGCCCUCGCAGUUCGGCAUCGCGUGGCACAACGGCGUGUGGCAGGAGGCGGCGGGAGGCGCCGAGGCGGGCGAGAGCGUCUUCCUCUACUCCGCUUUCUACGACCCGAGGACGGGCUCCGGUCUGCCCCCGUGCGUGAGGAUCCUCGGGAUGAGCCAGCGAGAGAAUCCGGACUCGAUGUGGUGCCAGCUGUGGUUCGACGCCCGCAACGCGCCCGUGGUCGCCAGGGUGGCCGACGUCGAUCAUAUUGAUUACCAAGGGAAGGACCCCGGACGCCAGAUGCCUUUCCUGUUCACGUGCCCCCUCCCUGCCCCCGUGGCCCACCUGGUGCCCUCCGCCGUAUCUCUGGCCCCCCUCCCCUGCCGCCCCGCCGGGAACGCCCUCAAGGUCGUGGGAAGUCGAGAGCGAGCGUCGUCUGCCUUCGUCGGCGAGAAGGACGGCAAGAACAGCCCUGCCUGGAGCGUCGCCGUCUGCGGCCCCGCCCUCUAUUACUACAACGAAGACUUCUCCGACCGCCUCAUCGAAUGGCUCGAGACGCUGCGGGCCAUGGGCGUGGCGAAGGUCUUCCUGUACGAGACCGACGUGGCGCCCAAAGUCAGCCAGGUUCUCCGCCACUACGAAGCGGAUGGCUUUGUCCGCACCUUGCCUUAUUCUUACCCACCGCCGUAUCCGAAUCAUCCGGUGACGCGAUGGAUAUGGAGACACCUCGAACCCACCAAGAUGUUCAGCCAAGAGAACAUCUUCUUCAGUGACUGCGUGUUGAGGCACAUGCACGAGUACCGCUUCAUCGCCCACUUCGACCCGGACGAAGUGCCUAUCCUGCCGCGCCACGAGUCCCUCCCCGGGCUGGUCGCCGAUCUGCUCAGGUCAUCCUCAGGUUCGAUCUACCCUGCUUACGGUCUGAAAAUGAUCAACAUCUACGACGACUCCCUUCCCACAGAAGAGGUGCGCGAUCUCCCUCCAUUCCUCUGGGUUCUCAGGCACACGACGAGGCUCAAGUAUGAUGAUGGAUAUUUACUGGGUCACGCGAAACCCAUCUUUGACAUGGAUCUUGUGCGUGGGGUGUUUUCGCAUGCCCAAGUGACAUGUGUUAACAUGAGUGGUAUGUGUAGUAACUUUCUCAAAAGAAUAAGACCAACCCUGGCAUAUGUUGGGCACUUUAAAGGAAUCUGUGGCGAGACAUGCCAUAAGAAAAAGAUCCGGACAGAGACAGCACAUUUGCGAUACCGGGAAACGAUACUCCGUGCUGUUACCGCUGUUAGGGAGAAGCUACAGCUGACUUAGAACAUUCUUAGCUUUGAACAUGUAUAUUCAGACUAUUUUUUUAACAAUUAAUAUGAUGCUUUUCAGACCUAGUCAGUCUAAGAUUUGAAAUGAAUUAUUAAACUUUUCGGAUUUAGCUUUUAUACUGAUUUCUGACUAUUUUAAAUAAAUGUUAUCCUUAGUUCAGCCAUAACUUUAAAGAAUAAAUGUAGCCGGCCUUUAAACCAGUAUCAGACUUAUUACAUUUCUUAUUUUGGAUUUGUGAAAAAAAUGAUGAAAUUAACCAUUUGGUGGUGUUUUUAGCAUGCCAAAAUGUGUCACCGUUUGCUAGUGUCAAAUUGCUGUUUUCAGCAUGUGCCAAAAUGUGUCAAAAUGCAUGUAAACAAUGUGUCAAAAUACUGUUCUCAGCAUGUGUCAGGAUAUGUCAAAAUGCUGCUUUAGCAUGUGAACAAUGUAUCAAAAUACUGUUCUCAGCAUGUGUCAGGAUGUGUCAAAAUGCUGUUUUCAGCAUAUGUCAAACAUCUAUGAGGCUGUGGCACCCCAACGAUCACUGAUGCAGAUGUUCUGUGUGUUCCUAGGAUACUGUCCUGUGCAACACCUAUCGAGAUAGCUGUUGUGUAGAUGUUUUACUAUUCCGAACAAUUCUCGGUCACUAAGGCAGUCCUUGAGUAAGGCUGCCAGUUCUCCGUCAGUGGUUGCUUUCAUCACCAGCCCUCUGUGUCAAGCGUAAUCUAAGGUUCCAUCUGUAUCUAACACAAUGAUACUAUGACCAAGACCAAUGAACCAGAUAUUAUCAAUUAUCUGUAACUAUUACUUGAAAUAUAAGACUAGUAACUUCUCGGUACCUGCAGACUUGGACAAUUGUAUUGGCAAAAUAAUAAUAAUAAUAGUAAUAAUAACAAUAAAUAAAUAGAUAAAUAAAAAAUGAAUAAACAAAUAAUGUAAGAAAUAAACAUAUUGAUACAUAUACAGAAAUAUCUUGAAAUGACAAUGUUGUUACACAUAUUAAUUCUUUGUAACAGAUAAUGUAUUUGAAUUGUAAAUUUUAUCUCCUCAAGAUGAAACACAUCUUACACAUUGCCUAUACAUCACAGAGAGAAAAACGGCUUAAAUUUCAUAUUUUAAAUGGAGAUUUGUUCAUUUGUUCAUAGUAAAUACAGUAGGCCCAAUAUUAUUAUAACUCAUGAUUUAAAAUGUAAGACCCUGCACCUGCAAACUAGGCCAUGUAUUGAUGAAAGAAAAAUGUUAUUACUAGAAUACCUUACAUGAGGUGUAUUAACUUUGUAUUAGCAAAUUAAGCUUAACUUGUAAAUUAUAUUUCUUCAAGAUGAAAUAGGAAGAAAACUGCUAUAAUUUACUAUUCAGUGGGAAAAUGUUUCUUUGUUUCUAGUUAAUGCCUAAUAUAAUUAUUAAAGUCUGAAAAUG